UUACAUAAUGAUGGAAAACUGUUGUGUGCUAACUUUGUCCAGCUUUUUAUAGUAUCUUAUCGUAGACUUAAUCUGCAUGGGACAGCGUCAUUGGGCUACCUCAUCGUCCCUGAGUUCUUCAAGAAAGAGGAACUGGACGCGUGCCGUAAAGAUAUCGAGAAACUGGUGGAGGACCUGGCCCAGUGGCUCUACAAGGCGGGGAAGAUCGAAGAGGACGAGCCCUUACCUGGCUCCAAGAUUGCUCCACGUUCCCAUUUGUUGCACAUCGAUUUGGGGUGUCUCCAUCAGUACAGGGAGGAAAUCCUGCGUCCCCUUGCUGUUCCUCUCCUGAAGCAGAUUGGACUCCAGUCUGUACUGCAGGAUGACAACGCCACGCCAUAUCGCGCACGCAUCGUGGGGGACUUCCUGCUGCAGCGAGGUGGCUACCUCAUCGUCCCUGAGUUUUUCAAGAAAGAGGAACUGGACGCGUGCCGUAAAGAUAUCGAGAAACUGGUGGAGGACCUGGCCCAGUGGCUCUACAAGGCGGGGAAGAUCGAAGAUCUACACACGGACAAGGGUCUCUUUCAGAGACUGACGUACCUUGAAAAAGAAUUCCCAGGAACCAAUAUCAUUCUCCAUAAACAGGGAAAGAUUGCUCAGAGCUUCCGGGACUUGUGGUCCAAUGAGCGCUUGUUGAAUGUGGUGGAGCAGCUGAUUGGUCCAGAGAUUGUAGGUCAUCCGGUGUGGAACCUCCGGACCAAGACACCACAAAACGAGGCGACCACCGUGCCUUGGCAUCAGGACAGCGCCUACCUGGACAACGACUCGUACAGUGUCCUUCAGCCUGCUGCCUGGAUCCCUCUGUUGGACGCUAAUGAGAACAACGGCUGUAUGGAGGUUGUGUCUGGCGGUCACCUGACGGGCAAGAUAGCCAGACACACCUGCUGCUGGGGCAACACCUGGUACGUGGAGCUCAGUGAGAAGGACAUCGAGGACACUCUGGAGGUGACUGUGGCCAAGGACAAGGUGCUGUGUGAAGUGCCCUAUGGAGGAAUGUUGCUCAUCAACAACCUCAUACCUCACAGAAGUUUAAACAACCUCUCCAAUGACAUCCGCUGGAGUCUGGACCUAAGAUGGCAGCGAGCAGAUAAACCUGUGGGCUAUUAUGGAAUUAAACAGGGCGUGAUGAUGAGGUCUGAGAAAAACCCUGUGACAGAAGUUGACUGGGAUGGUUUCACAAGUGUUGAUCGACACGCAAAAGUUGCUGAAGGCCUGAAAACUAAAGAGGUUGACGAUGAGUUCGACACGACGAUUGUUGGGAUGUUCAUGAAGAAAUGGGAGAUGACACACACCAACAGACACACAGCCAGACUGAUGAACUAGACCAUGGCCAUCUCGGACGAAGCAUUUUAAUUUGUGUGUGUGAGUGUGUGUGUGUGUGUGUGUGUGUGUGUGUGUGUGUGUGUGUGUGUGUGUGUGUGUGUGUGUGUGUGUGAGUGUGUGCCUCGAGAAAGGUCCCAGUUGUCGGAAAUUUUGGAUAUUAAAAUAGGGGCAUACUCUUGUCAGAAAUUCAAUGCUAUACACGCUGAUGUUCAAUUUUUCAAACAUCUUGAGUAGUUUUAAAAUAUGCCAUUUUUUGUAACGCAGGAGGUAAAAACAAAGUUUGGAGAAAAACGACUUUAAUUUUUAGUAUGUUCCCCCAAUUGCUAGGACAUUUCUUACUGUUGGUGAAGUACAACAUGUUACAAAAAAUAUUUAGACACACAUAUAUUAUAACAUUUGAUACUUUUUCAACCUUUCUGUUUCUGCAUUAUUUUGUAAUGUUUCGUCCUCUCUUUUCAUUAUUUUUGUACUCCACUAGUUUAUUAUUUACGCCAGCUUAUUUUGAUCAAUGCUUUUGAAUAGCACUGACAUUUUUUUCAGUUCCCAUUAAAAUAAAUAAAUAAAAGCUGAAUGUAACAGCAACGUGGAUGUUUCUACAAUUAAAUAUCAACAUAAUACAUAACCA